GUUGGUCCUUGCUUUCUCCCCAUCUCUAUCCGUACCUGUCUGUAGGUACAUUAGGUAUUAGUCAAGGUUAUCUUACUCAAGGUAUCUUACUCUGAAGUGUAUCUUUUUGCCCAUGCCCUUCACCAGUCUUUCUUUCUCUCUCUUCUUUUUGAAGGCUCUGCCAGGCCCAUACAACAAGUGUCAACUUCCACUGCCAAUCUCGGAGCAGUUACUCUCUCUCUCUUCUCUUCCCUUUCCCGCUCAUCCUUUGGGCGGGCACCCCUCGCCCUUCUCAUGCAGCUCGAGACCUUGCCCCUCCUCCGCCUUUGCCUCGACCGCCGAGUCCCAGACCUUGCCGUCUGGCAUGGGGCGUCUGGAGCCUGACGACUGGCCGGCCGUCAUGCAGCCAGCUGCCUUUUUCUCUAGCUCCCACUGGUGCCACAUGUACGACCUUUGUCCAAGUCUUGCUGCAAGGCAGCAUCUCUUAGCUCCAUUGGGCAUACUUCGGACAUCAUAAGUCCAUGCCAGUGUUCCGUCAGUCCUACAGUGAUGCACCAGGGAAUGCGUACUCGCCCGCCCCUCGCCCUAGAUGGCAGAAGUAUCGAUACGGGUAAGCUCUCCGACUCGAGUUUGACGUGUUUGUAACACUGGACGGCGCCUGUCAUCUGUGAAUCAUCACUCAUUAACCACAGGCCAUCCAUCGGGAGAUGAGCGCCUUUUGCUCCAAGGCAGUGUACAAUGAGGGUAG